AUGAACACUAUUUUUCAUGACAUAAUAGGCGAAGUUUUGCAAGUUUAUAUUGAUGAUAUUGUUGUGAAAUCUAAGUAUAAAAGUGACCAUGUUGGUCAUCUUCGACAAGCAUUUGAAAGAAUGCGAAAAUAUGGCUUGAAGAUGAAUCUUCUAAAGUGUGCUUUUGGUGUUAUUGCAGGACAGUUCCUUGGCUUUAUUGUUCACCAAAAAGGAAUUGAAAUCGACAAUAAUAAGGCCAAAGCAAUAUAUGAGACACAAGCCCCUUCGACUAAAAAACAACUGCAAUCGUUGCUAAGGAAAAUAAAUUUUCUACAAAGAUUUAUUUCCAACCUUUCUGGCAAGGUUAAAAUCUUCUCACCCCUAUUGAAGUUAAAGAAAGAAAAAGAGUUUCGAUGGGAGGCAAAGCAUCAAGCUGUUUUCGAGGAGAUAAAGCAAUAUCUGACAAAACCACCAGUAAUGGUUCCGCCAAAGAAAGGUUUUCCCUUGAAGUUAUAUAUUUCGACAUCAGAAGAAACUAUUGGGAGCAUGCUAGCUCAAGAAGACAAAAAUGGUGUCGAAAGAGCUGUUUAUUAUCUUAGUCGAAUGGGUGUUGAUGGCACUCUACUUCGAUGUCUCAGUGAACAUGAGGCUUAUAUUGCCUUGGCAAAAAUCCACGAAGGGAUCUGCGGAGCCCAUCAAGCUGGAGAAAGAAUGAAAUGGAUGUUACUUCGAGAAGGAUUGUACUGGCCCUCGAUGGUUAAAGAUUGCUUUGACUAUGCAAAAUCUUGUGAAGAAUGUCAAAAGCAUGGUAAUAUUCAACACGUUCCAGCCUCAGAAUUACAUUCAAUAAUUAAGCCAUGGUCUUUUCGAGGCUGGGCUUUGGAUUUAGUUGGCCAAAUUCAUCCUCCUUCGACAAAAGGCCAUAAAUACAUCAUUGUAGCUGUCAACUAUUUUAUGAAGUGGGCUGAGGCAGUUCCAUUGAAAGAAGUUACUAAGAGUGAUGUUGUUAAUUUUAUCAACGAAUACAUAAUUCAUCGAUUCGGUAUACCAGAAACUUUGACAACAGACCAAGGAACUGUUUUUAUAGGUCGAAAAGUAACUCAAUAUGCAGAGUCCUUGAAUAUAAAAAUGAUAACUUCGACCCCAUAUUAUGCUCAGGCCAAUGGACAAGUGGAGGCAAAAGCCGUUUUACCUGUUGAGGUGAAUCUACAAUCAGUUAGAUUACAGCGGCAAUUCAAGUUACCAAGUGAAGAUUAUUGGGCCUUAAUGUUCGAUGAAUUGAAUGUCUUGGAUGAAAUUCGCUUAAGUGCCUUAGAGAAAAUAAUUCGACAAAAAGAAAGAAUUACGAGGUCAUACAACAGAAAAGUACGAGGCAAGUUUUUUAAUGCUGGUGAAUUGGUAUGGAAAGUAAUUUUACCGUUCGACAAAAAAUCAAGAAAACUUGGAAAAUGGUCACCCAAUUGGGAAGGCCCCUUCGAGAUUGAAAAUGUGUUUUCAAAUAACGCGUAUUCAAUUCGAGAUCUUGGAACAAAUAGUCGAAUCAUGUCGAUUAACGGUAAGUACUUAAAACCAUACAAACCAGAAAUACAUGAAGUAAAAAUAACUUGA